AUGAAUCUUCCAGACGUGGUUUGCAACGAUUACAGUCGGGUAGUGUUGAAUGACGGAAAAGGUUCUGAUUAUAUCCAUGCAAACUAUAUAAGAGGAGAUCCAUUAAUCUGCACUUACAUAUGUACACAGGGUCCUCUGCCGACUACGAUAGUGGAUUUUUGGCGAAUGAUAUGGUUAGAAAAGGUGACUCACAUAAUAAUGCUCUGUAGUAUACUGGAAUGCGGAAAGAAGAAAUGCGAACAGUACUGGCCAGAGGAUAAUGGUGCCAGUAUGACGGUUAAUGGUGAGCGAUUGCAGUUCCUGCGAACUUUUACAGAUAUCGCUCGCUUCUCGGAAAGAGGUCUUCAGUGGUUACCUGAAAUGUAG